GUUCGCUAAAGUCCACUCGUUAACUUUUGCUUUUCUCGUUUCUGCUCGAUGGAAGAAGGAGAAGCUUGGUUCGCGUUAUUUUCCAUAAUAAAAGGUAAUGUCUAAAUACUUUAAAAAGCUAAAUUUUUACGAAAAACGCAAUUCCGACGCGUGCUCGUGUUGAAAAUACUGAAAAAACAAAAAUAUUAUGGCCAGAAUAUUGAUUUUACACUAAGAACAAAUUCUGCAGUUUUUUGUUAUCGUGAAAAAUAAAGCAAACAAAAAGAAAGUACCAGCGAGUAUUUUAUAGGUGAAAGCAAAACAAACCCAAUAAAUGCACAGCAAGCGAAACUUUAAUGGGAAACAGUGCUAGUGCGACCAGGAAUGAGCAGGCCAUACCGUCGUCCAAGCAACGGCAGCAGCAGGAGAGUAUUGGUGAACAAGAGUUGGGUGAACGUAUACACGACAAAAAAUUAAACGCGGAGAAGAAAACAGAACCACAACACCAAAACGGUUCCCACAUUAACAAAUUCAGCAUCCAUAGGACACGAAGUAAAAGUUCGACAAACAGCAAGAAACCUGAAGAAUAUGAAACAGGACUACGCAGUGAAGGGCAAUUAGCUGCUAACACAAGCGGAACACAGCGCACACGACAGCGCAUAUACGCAUACAAACAAAAUACAUACAUAAUGGCAAUUGAAGAAAGAAACAUAAACAGCCAGGAAACAAUGACAACUCACCCUCAACUGCGUGCGCCUAUGCCUCAACUGUGUCAGUGUCAUUGCUCGCAGCAGCUAAAGCUACAUACUUUCAUAUAAUCGCCACAAUCAAUAUCUGCUGAAAUAACCAGUGGCAGCACCUGAUUAGAAGCCUUCAAUCCGGACAUGGAGAGUAUGUAUGUAUGUACAUAGAUAUGUAUAUAGGAAUGAAUCUGUUCCAAGAGGAAUAAUCCGCAUUUUUCGAUAUGACAAUUUCGAUACAAUUCGGUACGAUUAAAAAAGCUAGGUUAAUCUGCAACAAAUUUCCUUAUCGAAAAAUUGCUAACUUAUUCCCUUUGCUAAUUAACAGACUCAUAUACCUAAAUACAUAUCGUCGAUGUUUUUGCAAAACCGCCCAUCUACCAAUUGCAAAACCGCCUAU